AUGCCGAUACAAACAAGCCCACCGUCCUUCUCGGACUCUUUUCCGUCGUUCAUGUCCGUCUACGGCGGUUUACCCUCACAAUACAAGGAAGAAGAACAUCCGAUCCAUCCUCUGCAACUGCCUGCUCACAUUCCUGUCAACACUCACUCAAACUCGAAACGUCUCCGUCCUUCUGUGCAUCGCGGAAGUAUCUCUUCCAUGACAUCUGGCUCCACGGAGUCUUCGCCAUCGACUGCCGACUCCCCUUUCGACUCUCACUCGACUGGGGACGUUUCACCCAGCUCUUCUCCUGAAACCCCAUCAAUCAUGCCACUGUCGUACCCCCAGUUUCCUCCGUCCUUUCCCACGGAGGCGGCUUCGUUCCCAGCGAUGCCUCCCGACCACUCUUUGUUGUCACCCGCGUCCGCGGCUGUGCGCCCGGAUUCCCCUGGACGACGCGCACGCAACUUGAAAAAUUUAUCCUUACGGGUGCCCUCGCUGUCCCAGGAACGCCCACCGAUCGCGACAGCAUCGAUGAUCGAGACCACAUCACAGUCUCAUCUCUCGGCUCCGCCCUCUCCCAUACACAUCCCCCCCAAGAGCAGUCGCCGACGCCCAGCCAACCUCUCCAUCCGCACUCCGGGCCUGGACCAGUCUUUCCCCACAAACGUGCCGGACCUGGUACCUCCCACCCCUCUUGCACGACAGUUCCUGCGGCACGCAGAAUCCUCACCUGCACUUACCUCCAUCGCAUCACCCGGGUUCGCCCCUCGGGGCGGGAUGCAGCUGCCUCCACUCGCUCGGCCCGUCUCCCGCCCUGGGAGUCGGCGACUCUCGGGAACGUCAUCUGACGACACCGUCUCGCCCCUGCACCCACUGCCCGACGAUGGCGCUGCGUUCUCGCAAGGCGUGAUUCCAGAAGUAGACGAAGAGGAUGAGCCCCUGGCGUCUCGUGAAUCCGCUCGUGGCAAAGAGCGUGGAUAUCCGGAUGGACCCAUUCGGAUAUACGAUACGGGCGUCUUUUUGUACCUUGAACCUACCGCGGAAGAAGCCGCGCGAUUCGACGUCGUCAUCAACGUGGCCAAGGAGGUCAAGAACCCAUUCAGCACCAGCACCGAAGAGCCCGGGAAUACGGUCAUGAGCACCUGGCGCAGCGCCUCCAUGGGCUCAAAACGCUUCUCUAUCGGCGAGCCUCAGACCGCCGUCUCCGAGAUCUCUUUCAAGUCCGCCUUCGAAUAUCAGCCCUCUGAAACGGAGCCUGCCCAGUCGUCGACUUCUGCGCCAGCGUCCGAGGGCCCGGAAUACAUUCACGUCGGUUGGGACCACAAUUCAGAGAUCUUGGAAGACCUCUUCCCACUGUGUGAAUUAGUCGACGAUCGUAUAUCGCAGGGAAAGAAGGUUUUGAUUCAUUGCCAGCUCGGAGCCAGCCGCUCGGCGUCCCUGGUGAUUGCCUAUGGGUUGUACAAGAAUCGAAACUUGGAUUUCAGUUCCAUGUACGAUGUGGUCAAGGGACGCAGUCAAUGGGUUGGUCCCAAUAUGAGCCUCAUCUACCAGCUCACCGAUUUCCGAGCUCGUUUACUGCGCGGAAGUCCCCCUACACGUGCGGCGCCCCAAGAGUGGUUCGUGAAAACGGGCCGCAGGAGUUCUGAGCCUCAAGUAACCCGCGCCGAGCGAGAGGAGGCCCAGCAACGAUCCGCUCUCAAGGAUGUGCCCGGCGUCCCCCAUGUGCCUCAUAUGCCCUCGCCCGUGGCAGGGUCAUCCAUCCCGGCAUCGAGGUCUUUACGCCCCAAGACCAGUUGCAACGAGAACCGCUCGCCCAAGCGUAGUCUUUCUCCGCGCCCUCUGCCCUUCCGGCAAAAGUUCCAGUCCAUUGAAUCGGUGUCCGAUUCUCCCGUCGAUCUUCCGCGCGCAGUGAGCAGCCAUGGCCCUCACGGUCCACCUGGAAUGUUGGCCCGUGAUCCUCCCGGAUACCCUGAACCGGGGCCCGGUUUCUUUUCUCCACGGACGUCGGGCUUCUUGGCGCCUCCCAUACCCUCAUCCUCUCUGCCUUUUCAGAAGACUGAGCCUACAGCCUCUGCGAGCGCCGCUUCUCUGGACUAUUACAAUGAAAGUUCCGAUCCGCGCUCUCCACCUGCGGGCGUGGACCGCAUGAUUUUGAGGAAUAUCGAUGAGUUUCUGUAA